UUUCCUGACAGGUCCGGGCUCCAUUCCUGCGCUCAGCUCCAUCCUGCGCUCCGCUCCAUCCUGCGCUCAGCUCCAUCCUGCGCUCCGUGCCGCCUCACCGACGGGGACCGCCAUCCGCAGUAAAGUCAGAAUCUGAAAAAAAGUCUGGCAAGAGUGUGGAUUAAAGUUGUCACAGGCCACAAUAAUGGAGCGCAAAGGUCAUCACGCACACGAGAAGCAGAACAAGGUUUCUCACACAGUGAAAGAGACGGUCGGCAAGGUUGAAACUCACUUUUUACAAGGUUUUCAGCAGUUCUCACAUUCAUCCAGUUCUCACAGCCAUCAAGAGUCCAGUUCUCAUGGCCAUCAUGCGUCCGGGGGUCUUCAUGUCACUGGUCACAUCAGUGCAGCCGAGGGCCACCACGGUGUCACUCACAUUCAUGGGGCUGUAGGCCAACACAAGGCUGUUUGCCACCAGGAGAAAGCCAAUGAAACCAUCAAAGUCACCGGCCACAUCGGUGGAGCCGAGGGCCACCAUGCCACCCCUCACAUUCAUGGGGCUGUAGGUCACCACGAGGCUGUAUGCCACCAGGAGACAGCCGAUGAACCCAUCAAAGUCACCGCCCACAUUGGUGGAGCCGAGGGCCACCACGCCACCCCUCACAUUCAUGGGGCUGUUGGCCACCACAAGGCUGUAUGCCACCAGGAGAAAGCUGAUGAACCCAUCAAAGUCACCGCCCCCAUCGGUGCAGUCGAAGUCCACCAUGCCAUCACUCAUGUUCAUGGAUCUGUAGUCCACCACGACACCCCUCACAUUCAUGGGGCUGUAGGCCACCACAAGACUGUAUGCCACCAGGAGAAAGCUGAUGAACCCAUCAAAGUCACCAGCCAAAUCGGUGGAGCCGAUGGCCACCAUGCCACCACUCAAAUUAAUGGGGCUGUAGGCCACCACACCACCCCUCACAUUCAUGGGGCUGUAGGCCACCACAAGGCUGUAUGCCACCAGGGGAAAGCUGAUGAACAAAUCAAAGUCACCGGCCACAUCGGUGGAGCCGAGGUCCACCAAGCUAUCACUCACAUUCAUGGUUCUGUAGGCCACCAUGCCACCAGUCACAUUCAUGGGUCUGUAGGCCACCACAAGGCUGUAUGCCACCAGGAUAAAGAUACUGAACCCAUUAAAGUCACUCCAAGCACUGGUGACUUCUCCGUGUCUCUGACAAAGGAAAAAAUGGGCAUUUACCAAGCCCUACAGAAAAAUCUUCUUUCCGAGGAGGUGGCUUUGGCUCUGUUGGAAGCCCAAGCUGCUACUGGCCAUAUCAUCGAUCCAUUGAACAAUCAAAAACUGACUGUAGAAGCAGCUAUUCAACAAGGCAUUGUGGGGCCGGAGUAUCAACAAAAGCUGCUGCUGGCAAAUAGUGCAGCCACAGGCUACAAAUACAAAGAAGAAACAAUAUCUCUCUUUCAAGCAUUUAAAAAAGGUCUGGUUGAGAAAAAGGACGCAGUGCGAUUUCUACAAGCCCAAAUAGCAACUGGUGGAAUCAUCAAUUACGUGACUGGAAGCAGAGUACCAAUUUCCGAAGCCUUGAAACUUAACUACAUAGACGAAAGUUUGUUCAAAACGCUUACUGGGCCAUCAGAGUUAUCAAGCUGUUAUGCUGAUCCCAAUACAAAGGAAGGCUCUAGCUUUCAGGAGCUUCUAUCUAAAAGCUUCACAGAUUCAGAGACUGGACUGGUACUUCUCCCUCUACAGGAAAGUCUACAGGGUCUGAGAAAGUCCGUCAAUUUGGAGCAAUUGUUCAAAGCCAACAUAAUUACUCAGGUUCAGUAUGAUGAAAUCAGAGAAGGCAAACAAACCAUACAUAAGUUGGGAGAACUGCAAGAGGUCCGGCAGUAUCUAAAUGGGUUGCCGAGCCUAGGAGGAGUACACGUAGAAAGCACAAAGGAGAAAAUCAGUAUAUAUCAGGCUUUGAAGAGAAACUUUCUUCCAAUUGAUUAUGCAGUUGCUUUGUUGGAAGCUCAAGCAGCAUCAGGCUUCAUCAUAGAUCCAGAGAAGAAAAAAACUUUCACUGUCACCGAAGCUGUUCAAGAAGGAGUGGUGGGAUUUGACCUCAAGGAGAAGCUACUGAUUGCUGAACGAGCGGUCAUUGGGUUUAACGAUCUAUACACUGGGAAAAACAUUUCCCUCUUUCAAGCAAUAAAAAAAGAGCUGAUUGAUCGAAACUUGGGCCUUAAUCUUCUUCAAGUCCAGCUUGCAACAGGAGGCAUUAUUGAUCCAUUCCACAGUUUUCAUGUCCCUUUGGAAACCGCCUAUAAACGAGGUUUAUUGGAUGAAGAUACGGCACAACUGUUAUCCAUAAAUCGUGGUUUCCUGGAUCCCAACACUAAUGACUGGGUUACUUAUCAGGAACUUAGAUCGAGAGCCACAUUUGAUCCAGACUCAAACGCAUACUUCUUUCCUUUGAAACUUGCCUUCCAUGGUAUAAGGGGAAAGGUUACAAGCAAUGAGUUACUGAACUCUAAUAUCAUUGACCAGGCAACAUUUGAAAGCCUCCAGCAAGGAAAACUAUCCGUCCAAGAUGUUGCUGAACAGGAGAGCGUGAAGCGCUAUCUUCAGGGAACUGGCUUAAUUGCUGGAGUGGCAGAUAUUUCAGCCAAUAAAAUAAUAAGCAUUUACCAAGCAUUCAAGGAACAUCUUCUCAUGCCAGGAACGUCCAUAGCUCUCCUUGAGGCCCAGGCCGCCACUGGAUAUUUGAUAGACCCUGUCAAGAACUUGAAAUUUUCUGUGCACGAUGCAGUGAAAAAUGGCUUGCUAGGACCUGAGCUUUAUGAAAAACUUCUGUUCGCUGAAAAGGCAGCCACAGGUUACAAAGAUCCCUCUUCUGGAGAGAAACUUUCAUUGUUCCAGGCAAUAAAGAGGGGUUUUGUUACAAAAGAUCAUGGCAUCCAUCUUCUGAACGCCCAGCUUGCCACAGGUGGAAUCAUUGAUCCAUCAAAAAAGCACCGUGUUCCAGUGGAGGUGGCUUACGCACGUGGUCACUUUGAUGAAGAUACAAAUAAAGUUUUGCUCACUCAAACCAAUGACAUUAAGGGAUUUUUCGAUCCAAACUUAAAAGAAAAUGUUACCUAUGAACAACUGCUGGAACGGAGCGUUAUCGAUGUUCACUCUGGGCUCUACCUGACUCCUGUAUUUGAUAACACACAGGAUGCACAGAAAACCGCACAUUCAUUUAUAGAUUAUAAAACCAAAGUGAUUUUAGAUGGAAUAAAACUGACUCUUACAUUUGGCAAGUUUAAAGGACAUCUUGUUUCCCUGUGGCAAAUCCUUUUCUCAGAAUAUUUCAGCUUUGAAUUAAGACAAUCUUUCAUCAACCUGUAUAAAGCUGGAAGUCUUUCAGUAGAAGAACUGUCUAAAAAAGUCGAAGCAGAGAUUAAGCAAGUGGUAUCCUCCACCAAAGUCACGUUUAAAGGCCUUAGAGAAUCCAUAACUCCCGGCCAACUGCUGGAGUCAGAAAUUAUUGACAAGAACUUGUUUGAUAAACUGCAGCAAGGUGAAGCUUCCGCAAAGGAUGUGGGAAGCAUUGACACGGUCAAGAAAUACCUGCAAGGUACUGGAAGCAUCGGUGGAUUAAUCCUAGCAGAUACCCAAGAAAAGAUCAGCAUCUACCAAGCAAAGAGAAAAGGCUUCCUAAGACCAGGGACCUCCUUGAUUCUCCUUGAAGCACAAGCAGCAACAGGUUAUAUUAUUGAUCCAGUGAAAAACAAGCAGUAUUCAGUGGAAGAUGCCCUCAAGGCAAAUAUUAUUGGUCCUGAGUACUACGAAAAACUUUUGUCAGCAGAAAAAUCAGUUACCGGAUACAAAGAUCCAUACACAGGUGAAAGAGUUUCCCUGUUUCAAGCAAUGAACAAGGGCUUAAUUGUCAAAGAACACGGCGUUAGGCUUCUCGAAGCCCAGAUUGGCACUGGCGGCAUUAUCGACCCAAUAAACAGCCUCAGAAUCCCAGUCGAAGUUGCCUACAAGCGAGGCUAUUUUGACAAAAAAAUGAAUCUAAUACUCUCAGAUCCAAGCGAUGACACAAAAGGAUUCUUUGAUCCAAACACACAUGAAAACCUCACCUAUCUACAGCUGAAAGAGAAAUGCAUUACAGAGCCAUCAACUAACCUUUGUCUUCUACCCUUGGUUAGCAAGCAGCAACAAUUCAAUAUUAAUGACCACAUCAGGAAUUCUUUCAGAAAUGUGGAUAUUUAUGUCAGAUAUGGAAGAUUCCAUGGGCAAACAGUAAACGCAUGGUUCCUCAUCAACUCCGAGUACUUCAGUGAGUGGAGAAGGAGAGAGCUGUUAGAGCAGUUUAGACUGAAAAAGUUGACCCUCGAACAAAUUAUCAUCAUCAUCGAAGAGGAAAUAAAGAAAUGGACAGAAAUCCGCGUUCCCACAUUAAGGGGACAAGUGAACAUUCAUGAGCUGUUGGAAUAUGAGAUCAUUGAAAAAGAAUUAUUUGAGCAAAUCCUAGAAGGAAAAGUGACAGUGGAGGAUGUGUUUAAAAUCGACACAGUUAAGAAGAGCUUGCAAGGGUCUGGUGUCCUCGGUGGAGUCAUUAUCCAACCCUCCAAUCAGAAGUUCAGUUUUUACGAAGCAAUAAAAAAUAAAAUGUUGCUGCCUAGCACCAUCUUGCCGUUAUUAGAGGCUCAGGCUGCUACCGGACACAUAGUGGACCCGGUCAGUAACCUGAAACUCUCAGUUGAUGAGGCUCUCAAAGCAGCUGUUGUCGAUCCACAGUUUUAUGAGAGACUUGCUUACGCAGAGGAAGCUGUAACAGGUUACACAGAUCCCUUUUCAGGGAAGAAAAUCUCCCUUUUCCAAGCCAUGAAGAGAGGUUUUAUUGAAGAAAAGCAUGCCAAACAGCUUCUCGAGGCCCAGCUAGCUACUGGAGGAGUCAUUGAUCCAAUACAUGGCUUCCACCUUAAAGAUUCUGUAGCCAAGAAGCAUGGCUAUAUUAACGAGGAGCUACUUAAAGAUCUCUCUCACCCUACAGAUGACAUAAAAACAUUCUAUGACCCAACUACCAAAGAAAAAGUCACUUACUCCGAACUUCUCAGUCGGUCCCAAAAAGAUGAAUCAACUGGUCUCCAUUUGCUUCCAUUGCCCCAAGAUUUUGCAGAGGUUCCAGUAAUAAAUUUAUAUUCUGAUGAAGAAGUCCGACAGCUCUUGAAGACUGCUAGGAUCGAAGAGAGAAACAUCACAGUCUGGGAACUGAUUCAUUCCGGAUAUUUUACUGAAGAACAGCAAUUUGAAAUCCUGGAAAAAUUUAGAGCUAAGAAACUAAGCCUUCAGGAACUGACCACUGAAAUCCUACAAAUAGUCAGAAUUCAUGAAAUAAAAAGGACAACUCACAUUAAUUUUCAAGGACUUAGAGGUCCCGUCCCAGUUGUAUGGCUCUUAGACUUAGGUAUUAUUACACAGAAAACAUUUGAUGAACUUGUUCAGGGCCUCAAGUCUGUUGAGGAGAUUUCUCAGUUAGCUGAAGUGAAGAAAAGUCUAGAGGGCACCGGUUCCAUCUCUGGAGUAUUCCUGCCAUCUACAAAGGAAAAGUUGAGCAUUUAUCAGGCAUUGGAAAAAAAAUUACUUCUUCCUGCCAAUGCCAUAAGGCUUCUAGAAGCCCAAGCUGCAACAGGAUUUAUUAUAAAUCCAGUAAAGAAUGAAAAGUAUACAGUUGACAGUGCAGUGAAAACUGGGGUCGUAGGCCCUGAACUUCAUGAAAAACUCUUGACCGCAGAAAGUGCGGUAAGUGGAUACACCGACCCUUACACAGGAAACAAAAUAUCUCUAGGUCAGGCAAUCCAGAAGAAACUGAUAUCAGAGAAAGAAGGUGUUCCACUCCUCCAAGCCCAGUUGGCUGCAGGUGGAAUAAUUGAUCCUCUUCAUUGUAAUUUUGUACCGAUACAGCUGGCAUAUAAAUUGGGCUUUCUGGACGAAGAAAUAUCCAAACAAACAGCAGACCUGAAAGUCUACGUUGAUCCAAACACCAAAGAAAAAGUGAGCUAUGAGCAACUAAAACAGAGAUGCUACACCGACCCAGAGACAGGCUCGCUGCUUCUGGCUCUUUCGGAGACUGCAGCUUUUUAUGCUGAAGGACAUUUCAUUGAUGUUUUCAAAUCAUUUACAGUUACUGUCAAUGCAGGAAGGUUCAAAGGCCAAACCGUGUCUCUCUGGGAGCUUCUAAAUUCGGAGUACGUCAGUGCAGAUAAAUUAAAAGAAAUCCUAUUUAAAUACAAAACCAGCAGCUCUGAAGCUUUACAGGAAAUCAUAAAGACGGUCACCACCAUCUUUGAGGAAACUGAGGCAACAAGUACACAGAUCAAGUUCAAAGGUCUUCGGAGGCAGGUGUCUGCAAGUGACCUGUUCCAGUCUGACGUCAUAGACAAGAAAACUCUGGAUGAGCUGAACCUGGGAAAAAAGACCAUAGAUGAAGUGACAGAAAUGGACGCUGUUAAACGUUACUUGGUAGGAACAAAUAGUAUUGCUGGUGUUCUUCUUCAGGCCACAAACAAAAAGAUGAGUAUUUAUGAGGCAAUGCUGAAAGGCAUUUUGAGGCCUGGUACUGCCUUGGUACUCUUAGAAGCCCAGGCAGCCACAGGCUUUAUAAUUGAUCCAGUUAAGAAUGCGAAGCUGUCAGUUGAAGAAGCAUUUGCUCAGGGUCUAAUAGGGUCCGAAGUACAUGCCAAGUUGCUGUCUGCAGAACAAGCCGUGACGGGGUAUAAAGAUCCAUUUAGUGGGGAGAAGAUUUCCUUGUUUCAAGCCAUGCAAAAAAAUCUCAUAGUUGAGACCCAUGGUGUUCGUCUGCUGGAAGCUCAGAUUGCCACAGGUGGCAUUAUUGACCCAGUCCACAGCCACAGAGUCCCUGUAGAAGUAGCCUACAAACGAGGCUACUUCGAUGAGGAAAUGAACAAAAUUCUGUCAGAUCCCAACGAUGAUACUAAAGGUUUCUUUGACCCCAAUACUCACGAGAACCUUACUUAUCUGCAGCUAGUAGAAAGGUGUAUCCAAGAUCCCGAAACUGGGUUGUAUUUGUUACAGGUUGUAAAGAGAGGUGAAAACUACUUCUAUAUCACUGACAAAAUGAAAGCUGACUUACAGUCAAGAACCAUUAGACUUCAAUUUGGAAGAUAUGCCAAUCAAACUGUGUCUAUUUGGGAAAUACUCACUUCUCAUUAUAUCACAGACCUAAAAAGAAGAGAACUUGUUAGACUGUACAUCUUGGGGGUACUCACCGUAGAGCAGCUAAUCUCCAGCAUCACUACAGUUAUAGAAGAAUAUGAAUUUUCGAGCAGUAGCCUAAAACUGAAAGGAAUUCGUGGAGAAGUAAGUGCCACUGAUUUGUUCAAUGCAGACAUAAUUGACCGAAAAACCUUAAGUGACCUGAAAGAAGGCAAAAUAUCUGUGGAAGCUGUCUCCGAACUGGAUUCUGUUAGAAGAUACUUGAAAGGAACAAGUUGCAUUGCUGGAGUUUUAUCUCUACCUACCAAUGAAACACUAAGUAUCUAUGAAGCUGUAAGUAGAGGAAUCCUAUCUAGAGACAUUGGUUUGAUUCUUCUUCAAGCCCAAGCUGCCACUGGCCAUCUUAUUGACCCCAUCAAAAAUCAAGUGCUUUCCCUUCCCAAUGCAGUGUCCCAAGGUCUAGUUAACUCUGAUGUUCAAGAACAGCUUGAAAUUGCUGAAAAGGCAGUUACUGGAUAUACAGAUAAAGAAUCUGGGAAAAUCAUUUCUCUUUUCCAAGCCAUCAAGAAAGAAAUUGUGCCCAAAGGGCUAGGAAUUUCUCUCCUUGACGUCCAACUGGCGACUGGAGGGGUUGUAGACCCAGUUUUAAGCCAUAGAAUUCCAUUGCAUAUAGCAUACCAGAGGGCUUAUCUGGAUGAAGACUUUUACCUUCUCAUCUCAGAUUCUGGAAAGAAAGAAUUUGUAGACCCCAACACACAUGAAAGAAUUACAUAUAAAAACUUGCUCGAAAGAUGUGUCAAAGACAAAAAAACUGGACUUUAUUUGCUUCCACUGACUGAAAAGCGUGAUGAUUACUUCUACAUUGAUGAGCCAACCAAGAAGCUCCUGCAAGAAACCACUGUAAAAAUGAACAGUGGCAAGUUCAAAGGUCAGGAUAUUUCCCUUUGGGAACUUUUGAGCUCCACCUAUAUCUCUGAAGAACAACGAAAGCAGAUCCUCAAGUUAUAUAAAACCAAAAUUUCUUCAGGACUUAAAGACAUUGUAAGUGUCAUCACAUCAGUCAUUGAAGAAAAUGAUAAGGGUCAAAACGACAUCUGGUUCCAGGGACUGAGGAAGCAGGUGACCGCUGCAGAAUUAUUUGAUGCUGAAAUUAUCAACCAAGAGACUCUUGAUGGUUUAAAGAAGGACUUGCAGACAGUGAAUGAAGUAGCAAAAAUAGAUUCCAUUAGACGAUACCUUGAAGGCACCAGCUGCAUUGCAGGGGUGCUUAUCCCUUCAAAACUUGACCCCACCAAAAAAGAAAAGGUUAAUAUCUAUGAUGCCAUGCUGAGGCGUGUUCUAAGGCCUGGAACAGCACUGGUUCUUCUGGAAGCCCAGGCCGCUACAGGAUUUGUUAUUGACAGCAUACAAAACCGUAGACUUUCAGUUGAUGAAGCGUUAUCAGCUGGGGUGAUUGGCUAUGAAAUUUAUGAGAAACUUCUGUCUGCAGAAAGAGGAGUUACAGGCUACAAUGAUCCCUACACUGGUGAAAAAAUGUCCUUGUUCCAAGCCAUGCAGAAAGAUAUAAUUGUAAAAGAGCACGGUAUACGCCUACUGGAAGCCCAGAUUGCUACUGGUGGCAUAAUAGACCCGGUACACAGCCACCGUGUCCCCGUGGAAGUGGCUUAUAAGAGGGGCUAUUUUAAUGAAGAACUGAACCAAAUUCUUUCAGAUCCCACUGAUGACACAAAAGGUUUCUUUGACCCAAAUACUCACGAGAAUCUCACCUACCUGCAACUGCUCCAGAGAUGCGUCAAAGACCCUGACACUGGAUUGUAUAUGCUGGAGCUUAAAGACAGCAAGUUCUCCCCAACACAGGUCCAAAAUAAAUUACAAUCCAGUUUUAUUCAGAUUGCCAUCGGAGAGUUUCAAGGAAAAAGUGUUUCCAUCUGGGAGCUUUUCAACUCGAAAUACUUCACAGCUGAGAGGCGAGAGGAGCUACUGAAGAAAUUUGAAGCUGGUACUUUGACCAUCGAGGAAAUUCUGGCCAUAACUAUUAAAGUCGUUAAUGAAAAAGAGCAAAUAUUAUCUCAAGCCAGUACAACAGUGUCUCAAGCUGACACCACAGACUCCGCUGAGCAAGUAGCUAAAACCCAGACUUGGCUCCAGUCGGAAAAGGUGAACGUGUCUGUGGGCGACUUCAAAGGACAAAGCAUUUCUGUUUGGGAGCUCCUGAAUUCUCGUUAUAUCUCUGGAGAGAAACGAAAGGAAAUAUUAGAAAGGAUACAGUCUGGGACUCUGACCGUACAAGAAAUUAUCACAAUUCUCAUCACCAUCAUUACAGAAACAGAAACAACAAAGGUGGUCCAGAAGAGUGUAGCUGUACCGGAUGGGAAGCCUGUGGAACUUGAUCAUUCUGUACAAGAUGAUGAGAUUGAGAAGGCGUUACAAAACAUCAGUAUUCCAGUCACAAAAGGUCAGUAUGCUGGACAAGAAGUUUCUGUGUGGGAUCUGCUCAAUUCCAAAUAUAUUCCUGAAGAUACCAAACAAGAAUUUAUAGAAGAAUACAAACUGACUGUCCAAGACAUCAUGGAACUGGUGGUGCAUUCUAUCAGAGUAGAUCAGAGCAGAUUCAAAACUGAGUACAAUUUGAAAGUGGAAGUUUACAAUGUUGUGCAGACCGUGCAGAUUGAAGUAACUGAAGGAGAGUUCAAGGGUCAGCACCUUUCUGUAUGGUAUCUUCUGAACUCUAAAUACUUUUCAGAGGAGAAAAGACGAGAGCUACUCGAGAAGUUUAAUUCUGGCACACUAAGUAUAGAUGAACUUAUCAAAAUUAUCACCACUACUAUAACAGAGACUGAAGAACAUAGCAAAAAAUUGAAAUUCAAAGGCCUUAGGAGACAAAUUACAGCAUCUGAACUGCUUACAUCUGAAAUUAUUGACCAAACUACACUGAGAGAGUUGGCUCAAGGACAGAAGACCGUAGAGGAGGUGACUCAAAUGGACAGUGUGAAAAGAUACUUGGUGGGAACAAGCUGUCUAGCUGGAGUACUGGUUCCAUCUCUUAAAGAUCCUUCAAAGAGUGAUAAGAUGAGCAUUUAUGACGCUAUGUUGAAGAACAUCCUGAGGCCAGGGACAGCUCUUGUUCUUCUCGAAGCUCAGGCUGCCACUGGAUUUAUCAUUGAUCCUGUGAGCAACAAAAAACUGUCAGUAGACGAAGCUGCUGCUGCUGGUCUAAUUGGCCAUGAACUUCAUGCAAAACUUCUUUCUGCAGAAAGAGCGGUAACUGGCUAUAAAGACCCAUAUACUGGUGACAAGAUCUCCCUCUUCCAAGCCAUGCAAAAAGACCUCAUUGUAAAAGAUCACGGUAUUCGCUUACUGGAGGCCCAGAUUGCCACCGGGGGUAUCAUUGACCCAGUACACAGCCACAGAGUCCCAGUGGAAGUGGCAUAUAAGCGUGGCUUCUUUAAUGAAGAGAUGAACCAGAUACUUUCAGAUCCAUCUGAUGACACUAAAGGAUUCUUUGACCCCAACACUCACGAAAACCUCACUUAUUUGCAGUUACUUAGCCGAUGUGUUCAGGAGCCAGAUACAGGAUUGUACAUGCUGACCAUGAAAGACAAACAAGCUAUCUUAGCAGAAAAGACCUUUGAAACUAGUCUGCAGUCACUAACUAUUCAAGUUAAAGUUGGACAGUAUCAAGGGCAGACUCCGUCCUCCUGGGAGCUUCUCCACUCCAAGUAUUUUACAGAAGAAAAGAGACAGUUACUUCUGAAUAAGUAUAAAUCAAAGACUAUAACAGUUGAGGAACUUAUUUCAGGUAUUCAAUCAGCCAUUGAAGAAUGGGAACAACGGAGCAGUAGCCAAACUGUGGAUGGUGCUAGCCUGCAAGUGGCAGUCCAAGAUAUUACCGAAGAAAUUAAGAGAGAUGUGACCAUAGAGAAAAAAGAAGUUUAUGAUAUUGGCUUUGUUCCUAAACUAAAACAAUAUGUAGAACCAGAUACAGAUGAAGACCACAAAGCCUUAACAGUUUUUACUGUUCACGUACAGGCAGAAGAGUUUCAGAGUAAACGAGUGUCUCUCUGGGAAGUGCUCCAAUCUAAAUAUGUUUCAGAUGAUAGCCGCAACACCCAGCUACAAAAACACCAAGCUGCCAUAGAAAAACUUAAACAGAGAAUCCUUGGAUUAAUUGAGAAUGUUGAAAUUAAAGCUGGAACAGGAAUCCAACAACAAUUGGAAUUAAAGUCUGCGGAGAUCAACACAGGAACCUUCAAAGGACAGAAUGUUUCUUUGUGGUCGCUGCUCUACUCCAAGUACAUCACUGAGGAAAAGCGAAAUGAGCUGCUUGAAAAAUACAAAUCAGGAACCUUAACGGCUGAUGAGAUGUUAAAAGUCAUUAUCACAAUAAUCGAAGAGACAGAAAAGAGGUCUGAAUUAAAGUUUAUGGGUCUCCGUCAGCAGGUGACGGCCUCUGAACUGCUCCAGUCGGGAAUCAUAGACCAGAAAACUUUGGAUGACCUGACUCAGGGCAGCAAGACCGUAGAGGAGGUCACUCAGAUGGACUCUGUGAAGAAAUAUCUUGGAGGAUCCAGCAGCAUUGCAGGAGUGUUUGUUACAUCUAAGACUAAUCCUUCCCAAAGAGAAAAGCUGACCAUCUACGAUGCCAUGUUGAAACGUAUACUGAGACCCGGAACAGCUUUGAUACUUCUUGAAGCACAGGCUGCUACGGGAUUUGUGAUUGAUCCUAUUCAGAACAAAAAGCUUUCUGUAGAGAAAGCCUUAGCUGCAGGACUGAUUGGGCAUGACAUAUAUGAUAAACUUCUGUCUGCAGAAAGAGGAGUCACUGGCUAUAAGGACCCCUACACUGGUGAGAAGAUCUCUCUCUUCCAGGCCAUGAAGAAAGAUCUCAUUGUUAAGGAUCAUGGCGUACGUCUCCUGGAAGCCCAAAUUGCCACUGGUGGAAUUAUUGAUCCUGUACACAGUCAUCGUGUACCCGUGGAGGUUGCAUAUAAACGUGGAUACUUUGAUGAAGAAAUGAACCAGAUCCUCUCAGAUCCCUCUGAUGACACAAAGGGAUUCUUUGAUCCCAACACUCAUGAGAACCUCACUUAUCUGCAGUUGCUCCAAAGAUGUGCCCAGGAUCCAGAGACUGGACUGUAUUUGCUGGAUGUGAAUGUAAAUAAAGUUCCAUCUACCCAGACUGGGAAAGAGACUAUUCUAAGAACAAAACAUAUUAGGGUCCAACAGACUCCCAUGCAAGACAAAAACAUUUCCAUCUGGGAGCAUCUGAAUUCCAUGUUUAUUUCCACAGAGAAACGAGAAGAGCUGUUGAAAAAGUACAGUUCAGAAACCGUAUCUGUUGAUGAACUUAUUACUAUCAUUAUCAAACUUAUUACUGGAACCAUACCAUUGACAACAGCAUCAGCAGAUAAAGAGACUUUGCUGAAAUCAGAAAAGGUGGACGUGUCUAUAGGAGACUUUAAAGAAUAUGCAUCUGUGUGGGAGCUUCUGAAUUCUCAUUAUAUCACCGAAGAGAAGCAAAGGGAAAUGUUGGAAAAAUAUAACAAUGGAACUCUGACCAUACAAGAAAUGAUAAGGAUUCUCAUUACAACCAUUACUGAAUCUAAAACUGAAGGGGCCUCUCAACGUUCAGUCAUAUCAGUACAGCAGCAGAUACAGCCUGAACCUUCAUUACAAGAAGAUGAGAUUCAGAAAGCUUUGCAAAGCAUCAAUAUCCAUGUUAGAAAAGGAGAGUAUGCUGGGCGGGAGGUUUCUGUGUGGGACCUUUUACACUCCAGAUACAUCUCAGAUGAAAAAAGACAAGAGCUGCUCGGGAACUACAAGCUAACUCUUAAAGACAUAAUACAACUUGUUAUUCAGACCAUUGAAUACGGUGAUUAUAGGGGCAUCCCAUCUCACGUUGUAAUAGACUGCAAUUUGACGGAUGAAAUGUUUAGCACUGUGGCGACCACCCAGAUUGAAGUAACAGAAGGCGAGUUCAAAGGUCAAAAAUACUCAGUGUGGACCCUACUAACUUCCAAGUACUUUUCAGACGAGAAAAGAUGUGAGCUGCUUGAGAAGUUUAAAUCUGGCGCAAUCAACAUUGAUGAGCUUAUCAAGAUUAUCACAACAAUAAUACAAGAGACAGAGGAACACAGUAAGAGUUUGCAAUUUAAGGGCCUCAGAAGACAAGUUUCUGCAUCUGAACUGCUUUCGUCAAAAAUUAUUGACCAGAAUACGCUAAGAGAGUUGGCUCAAGGACAGAAGACCGUAGAGGAGGUGACUCAAAUGGAAAGUGUGAAAAGAUACUUGGAGGGAACAAGCUGUAUAGCUGGAGUACUGGUUCCAUCCCCUAAAGAUCCUUCAAAGAAAAAUAAGAUGAGCAUUUAUGAUGCUAUGUUGAAGAACAUCCUAAGACCAGGAACAGCUCUCGUUCUUCUGGAAGCUCAGGCUGCCACUGGAUUUAUUCUUGACCCUGUGAGCAACAAAAAACUGUCAGUAGACGAAGCUGCAGCUGCUGGUUUAAUAGGCCAGGAACUUCAUGCAAAACUUCUAUCUGCAGAAAGAGCAGUAACUGGCUACAAUGACCCAUAUACUAGUGAAAAAAUUUCCCUUUUCCAAGCCAUUCAGAAAGACCUUAUUGUAAAAGAUCAUGGUAUCCGUUUGUUGGAGGCCCAGAUUGCCACCGGGGGCAUCAUUGACCCAGUACACAGUCACAGAGUCCCAGUGGAAGUGGCAUAUAAACGGGGUUACUUUGAUAAACAGAUGAACCAGGUACUUUCGGAUCCAACUGAUGACACAAAGGGAUUCUUUGAUCCCAACACUCACGAAAACCUCACCUACUUGCAGUUACUUGGCCGAUGUGUUCAAGAGCCAGAUACAGGAUUGUACAUGCUGACCAUGAAAGACAAACAAGCUGCCUUAGCUGAAAAGACUAGUCUGCAGUCACUAACUAUUCUAAUUAAAGUUGGGCAAUAUAAAGGACAAACUGUGUCCUCCUGGGAACUUCUCUACUCCAAGUAUUUCACAGAAGAAAAGAGACAGCUACUUCUGAAUAAGUAUAACUCAAAGACUAUAACAGUAGAGGAAUUUAUUUCAAGUAUUCAAUCAGCCAUUGAAGAAUGGGAAAAACAGCAUAGUAGCCAGAAUGUAAAUGGAUUUAGCCUAGAAGAAGCAGUCCAUGAUAUUACAGGAGAAAAUAAGAAGAAGAGCCUUCUCCAGUCUGAGCUUGUGGAGAUUACCAAGGGCAAACUCCAGGGUCAGAAGGUCUCUGUGUGGGACCUUCUCAACUCUGAGCAUAUAGAAGUAACCAAAAAGGAAGACAUCUUACAGAAGUAUUUCUCAGGUGUCUUGACACUAGAAGAGAUAGUUAGAAUCAUCACAGUCACCAUUAAUCAGGCCACCAUUCCAAAGCCAGGAGAAACGUCAAUAAUAGCCACAGAUGAACUUGAAAAAGCCUUAAAUGCAAUUGUGGUCAAUAUUAAAACCAGCCAACAACAAGAGCAGAAAAUUUCACUUUGGGGUGCACUCCAUUCCAAUUAUCUCCCUGAGGACAUGCGUAAUGACCAGCUUACCAAACAUAAGUUCAUUGUGGAAAAUUUAAAGCAAACAAUUGCUUCCUUAAUUGAUGAAUCAGAGACCAAUAAAGACACUGAAAUUCAACAAGCAUUAGAUGUUAAGCUCACUGAACAGCCCCAGAAAAUACAAUCAGUGAGAGAAAUUCAACAAAAAUUGGAAAAGAGGCUCAUUGAGGUCAGUACUGGAGAAUUCAAAGGGCAGAAUGUUUGUUUGUGGUUCCUCCUCCACUCCAAAUACAUCACAGAGGAAAAAAGAACUGAACUACUUGAGAAAUACAAAAAGGGGUCCUUAACUGAGGAAGAGUUUUUAAGAGUAAUUAUUACAAUCAUUAAAGAGACUGAACAAGCCCAGCAAAUACAAGCAGAAAGAGAAAUUAAACAGAAAUUGGAAGUAAGGCUCACUGAGGUCAACGUUGGAGAAUUCAAAGGACAGAAUGUAUCUUUGUGGUCCCUCCUCUACUCUAAGUACAUCACAGAGGAAAAAAGAACUGAACUACUCCAGAAAUACAAAUUGGGGUCCUUAACUGAGGAAGAGUUUUUAAGAAUAAUUAUUACAAUAAUUGAAGAGACUGAACAGUCAGAAAAAAUAAAAGCAGAUAAAGAAGUUGAAAAGAAAUUGGAAGUGAAACUGACGGAGGUCAGUGUUGGAGAAUUCAAAGGACAGAAUGUUUCAGUGUGGUUCCUUCUCCAUUCAAAAUAUGUCACUGAGGAGAAGCGAAGGGAACUUCUGGAAAAGUAUGCAUCUGGAACCUUAACAAAUGAAGAAAUUUUAAAAAUAAUUAUCACAAUAAUUGAAGAGACUGAACAGACCCAGCAAAUACAAGCAGAGAGAGAAAUUCAACGAAAGUUGGAAUUGAGGCUCACUGAGGUCAAUGUUGGAGAAUUCAAAGGACAGAAUGUUUCUCUAUGGUUCCUCCUCUACUCCAAGUACAUCACAGAAGAAAAAAGAAGCGAACUACUCCAGAAAUACAAACUGGGGUCCUUAACAGAGGAAGAGUUUUUAAGAAUAAUUAUUACAAUAAUUGAAGAGACUGAACAGACCCAGCAAAUACAAGCAGAGAGAGAAAUUCAAAGAAAGUUGGAAUUGAGGCUCACUGAGGUCAAUGUUGGAGAAUUCAAAGGACAGAAUGUUUCUCUAUGGUUCCUCCUCUACUCCAAGUACAUCACAGAAGAAAAAAGAACCGAACUACUCCAGAAAUACAAACUGGGGUCCUUAACAGAGGAAGAGUUUUUAAGAAUAAUUAUUACAAUAAUUGAAGAGACUGAACAGACCCAGCAAAUACAAGCCAAGAAAGAAAUUCAACAGAAACUGGAACUGAAGCUCAAUGAAGUCAAUGUUGGAGAAUUCAAAGGACAGAAUGUUUCUUUAUGGUUCCUCCUCUACUCUAAGUACAUUACAGAGGAAAAAAGAAUUGAACUACUUGAGAAAUACAAACUCGGGUCCUUAACAGAGGAUGAGAUUUUUAGAAUAAUUAUCACGAUAAUCGAAGAGACUGAACACACCCAGCAAAUACAAGCAGAGAGAGAAAUUCAACAGAAAUUUGAACUGAAGUUCACUAAAGUCAAUGUUGGAGAAUUCAAAGGGCAGAAUGUUUCUUUAUGGUUCCUUCUAUACUCUAAGUACAUCACAGAGGAAAAAAGAACUGAACUGCUUAAAAAAUUCAAACUGGGGUCUUUAACAGAGGAAGAGAUUAUAAGAAUAAUUAUUACAAUAAUCGAGGAAACUGAAGAGAGUCUUAGAAUCAAAAGAGAGAAAGAGAUACAACAGGAGUUGGAGCUGAAGCUCACGGAGGUCACAGUUGGAGAAUUCAAAGGUCAAAAUGUUUCUGUCUGGUUCCUUCUCUAUUCAAAGUAUAUCACUGAGGAGAAACGAAAUGAACUACUUGAAAAAUACAAAUUGAGAACCUUAACAGCCGAUGAGAUUUUAAAAAUCAUUAUCACAAUAAUCGAAGAGACAGAAAAGAGACGUGAAUUAAAGUUUAAGGGUCUCCGUCGGCAGGUGACGGCCUCUGAACUGCAUCAAUCAGAAAUCAUAGACCAGAAAACUCUGGAUGAACUGACUCAGGGCAACAAGACUGUAGAAGAGGUCACUCAGAUGGACUCUGUGAAAAAAUAUCUUGAAGGAUCUAGUAGCAUUGCUGGAGUGUUUAUUACAUCAAAGACUGAUCCUUCCAAAAAAGAAAAGCUGAGCAUCUACAAUGCCAUGUUGAAACGUAUACUGAGACCCGGAACAGCUUUGAUACUGCUUGAAGCACAGGCUGCUACAGGAUAUGUGAUUGAUCCUAUUCAGAACAAAAAGCUUUCUGUAGAUGAGGCCUUAGCUGCAGGACUGAUUGGGCAUGACGUACAUGGAAAACUUCUGUCUGCAGAAAGAGGAGUCACUGGCUAUAAUGACCCCUACACUGAUGGGAAGAUCUCUCUCUUCCAGGCCAUGAAGAAAGAUCUAAUUGUUAAGGAUCAUGGCAUACGUCUCCUGGAAGCCCAGAUUGCCACUGGUGGAAUUAUCGAUCCCAUACACAGCCAUCGUGUACCCGUGGGGGUUGCAUACAAACGUGGGUACUUUGAUGAAGAAAUGAACCAGAUCCUCUCAGAUCCGUCUGAUGAUACAAAGGGAUUCUUUGAUCCCAACACUCAUGAGAACCUCACUUAUCUGCAGCUAAUCCAAAGAUGUGUCCAAGAUCCAGAGACAGGACUGUAUAUGCUAGAUGUAAAAGAUGCCUCUGCUAUAAAGGAAGAUCUAAAAAUCAAAUCAGCUCUUCAGGCUAAAGCUGUUCAAAUUUCAGUUGGGGAAUUUCAAGGGAAAAACAUUUCUGUCUGGGAUCUUCUUUACUCUCGGUAUAUUUUAGUAGAAAAGCAACAAGAGCUCCUGAAAAAAUACCGUGCUGGCACCUUGACUAUUGAGGAACUUAUUACCAUUCUUGUUACCAUAAUUACUGAGACAGAUAAUACAGAGAAAGAAGAAAAACUAUCGCCAGAAAUUAAAGCCAUUAGAAAAUCUUUCCUGUCUGUAAAAAUAGAAAUCUCCAUCGGGGACUUUCAUGAAAAAGCGAUGUCACUCUGGGACCUGCUCCAUUCCAAAUAUAUUCCUGAAGAUAAAAGAGAAGAAUUGAUUGAAAAGUUCAAGUCCCAAACACUGACGAUCGAAGAAAUUAUCAAUAUUGUUUUAGGCUUGAUACAAAAAACAGAGAUGCAAUCAAGGAAGACAAUGAUUGUUCAGGAGCACACGGUACUAUCAGUUUCAGAUGAGACAUCACAUUGGCCUUCAGAAGACCAGCUACAAAAAGCAUUAAAAGUGAUUCCAAGUAACCUAUCAAGACAUCCAUCUGAAGCAGGCAGUAUUUCUUUAUGGGAUUUCUUGCAUAGCCAAAAUUUACCUGCGGAGACUAGAAACAUGCUGCUACAAACUUACAAGUUUUCUGUUAGAGAAGUCAUGAGCGUUUGCACCAACAUUGUCAAGGGAAAUGCAACAGAAGUCUCCAUUGCCCAAAGUCUCGAGAGCUCCUCAACCAGCCAAGAAUCUGCACAAGCCAACAAAGGUGCAGAGACCCAAAAUUUACUCCAGUCAGUAGAAGUCGAUGUGACAGUGGGUCAACAGCCAAGUAAGACAUAUUCCCUUUGGGAUCUUCUGCACUCUUCAUACAUAACCGGCGAUACCAGGAAUGAACUCAUAGGAGGGUAUGAGACUGGUGCCAGUGGGCUUCAAGAUCUCAUGAAGAGGAUAAUGCAACUUCUCAUGGAAGCUGAGAAAACCAGUGUCCAGAUCGCAAGUCGCCAAAAGGUCACACUAAAAACCGAACAAUUAAGCCUUGAGUCCAUUCCAGAACCAGUUACAAAGUCACUUCAGGCAUUUACUGUCUCCAUUUCCAGCAGCGAAUUUACAGGAGAAAGCAUUCCAUUGUGGGACCUACUUCAAUCCAAAAGCAUCACCAAAGCUAUGCGUCUAGAGCUCCUCAAGAAGUACUUUCUCACCAUUAACGGAAUUAUUGCAACGCUGAGUGGUUCAUCGUCUAAAACUGUUACUGUAGUUUCCCAAAAACCAGACACGGCUACCUUCCUGAAAUCUGUAAGAGUCCAGGUAAACAUUGGAGGAUUCAAACUAGAAGGUGAAUCGCAUUCUCUGUGGGAGCUCCUUCAUUCAGAGUACAUCACAGAAGAGAAAAGAAAGGAGCUUAUUCAGCAGUACGAAUCUGGCACCAUAACUUGGGAACAAAUCUUCGAAAAAAUUACCACCAUCAUAAAAGAGACAGAGGAAAAAUCCCGGAACAUCAAGUUUAACGCUUGAAGCUGUUCGAAGCAGUGACUCGGUCUAAUGAAUGGUGGUGCCCUAAAGCAUGUGCAUGUCAUCUCUCGGAAUCUCUGUGGGGAAGAUUCGAUUUCUGGGGUUUUACUUAACUUUGUCCAUGUCCCUUUGGGUUCCGUUAGGGUUUCUUUAAGUGCAAUUAUACCAGCUGAUGGACUUGUCUCCUCUAAUACCUCAAUACGCAUUUUCUUCAGGGUCACAAUUGGAACUGGCAGGUAGACAUGUGCAUUAGUUUUCGUCCGAAUUUCGGGGAUUUUUGCCUUCGUUUUAACAAAACGAUAACUACGUGCAGAAUCCGAAAUCCGAAAAAUCCGACAUAAAAAAUGCUUUAUUUUUGUUUCGUUGCGACAACAGUUCGAUA